UACGGCUGCAUCUAUUGUCAAUUGAAUUUCGUCAUUUGUCCAACGCUGUUCGCUCGUUCGGUAAAAAAACAUUUGAAACAAGUUAAUUACAACGAAAUUAUGCUGGCAUAAAGUAUAUUCGUAUUUGUUAUAAAUAUUAUUGUUUUGACUGAAAAAAGUAUUAUUAUUUUCACCGAGCUAUAUAUUUUUAUUGUGUAUAUUGUUUUGUUCGUUCGAAAAUUGUUCGGAUUAAAUCCGAAUCAAUAUUGUGUGUGUUUUUUUUUUAUAAAUAUAUUUUUUGUGCAUUUUUAUUUGAAUCAACUGAAAAAUGUCACGACAACGACAAUCGCAAUUUCGCAAUCGAAACACAACCCGAUCCCAUUUGUUGGAAGAUUUUCGAUCACAUCGAUAUCCAAAUUUGCAAUUAAAUGAAAUUGUCAGUCACACUGUUGAAUUUGCUAGAGACCAUGACGGUUCAAAAUUCAUCCAACGAAAACUCGAUGAUGCAACUGAAAAUCGAAAAGAUGCGAUUUUCCGUGAAAUGCGACCACAUCUUGUAUCGCUGACGAUGGACGCAUUCGCCAAUUUUGUGGUUCAAAAAUUUUUUGAUGUCGGCAAUGAAUCACAAAAACAUGAAAUUGUCGCAUUACUUCGCAACGGUUUCGUACAAUUCAGCUUGAAUAAGUAUGCAUGCCGUGUUGUUCAAAAGGCAAUCGAAAAGUCAACAGUGAUGCAACAGAUUUCCAUAUUCGGUGAUGUGAGCCAAGAUCAAAUUCUUCGACUAUUUGUUGAUUCGAAUGGAAAUCAUGUCAUUCAAAAGUUCUUCACUUGCACUUUUUUCGAUAUUCAGGAAUUCCUGUUCCGUCAAAUCAGAGGCCGAAUUUAUGAAUUGUGCAUGAAUUUAUAUGGUUGUCGUGUCAUUCAAUGCAUAUUGAAAAAGGGCGCAUUGGCUCAUCGCAUGGAAAUUUUUAACGAAAUUUUUCCGCAUUCAAUGGACUUGGUGACACAUCGCUAUGGCAAUUACGUCAUGCAAAAUACAAUUCUGCAUUGUCCACCCUAUCAACAGAUGCGAUUGAUUACACUCAUUCUAACAGAGAUGCAUGUACUGUCGCAACACAAGUAUUCAUCGAAUGUCAUUGAAAAAUGCCUGACUGUCGGAGUUCAAGUAACACCGCAUAUUCUGUUGGACACUUUUCAAAAGAUUUGUGCCUUGAAUGCCCAUGACCUGAAAAUAUUAUGCAUGGACGCAUUUGCCAAUUACGUGAUGCAAAAGAUGAUCGAGCUGAUGGCACCCUGGAUGGCUAUAGACUUAUAUCAGAAACUUCGGCCGUUUUUUGUCGAAAUGAAGCGCACUGUAUGCGGCCGGAAAAUCAUCGAUAUGCUCAUCGAGCGCCAAUAGUACCUUUAUUGGUAUUUUUUUAAUACGUGUUGUACACAUAUUAUCCAGACUCUUUUUUUUUACUUAAAAUAACUUGAAACAAACAAAUUUGUUGACAUUUUCUUAACAAAUUGACAAAUUUAAUAUCAUUAUUUGUCCGCAUGUCAUUUUUUAACAUAGUUUUUACAUAUCAAUGUAAUAUUAAAUCAAUUAUUGUAAGUUUUCACCAAUUGCAAACCAAAACCAUCAUGACAAACAGAAAUAAUUUUUUGUUUAAAUGUGUACAAUUUAAAAAAGAACAGCAUUACAAUAAUAAACGGAUGAUUCGUCAAAGGAAU